GAAGUGAUCUGACGUGUGUGGUUUCGUGUAAUAACUACAACUUAUGGCAGUGCGUGCACACACAGCGGCUUGGCGCUCUCCUUGGCUUAGCAGCUUUAUGGUAAAAUACACUCGAUCUACACUUUUGAUGAUAAGAAACAGCAGUUCAGUAUAUGUACCUGGUAACUUUGGUACAUUCCCGGUGGAGAUUAUUCGGCCAACGAAGCGUAGGGAACUAAUCCGAGUCUCCGGAAAGAGACACCGAUCGAGGAGGACGCGGAAGCAGAAGCGGGGGAAGAGGGCUGGGAGCCGGGACCGGCUUCGCCGAGCUCCACAUAAACCUGCCGUGCCCAGCAUUUUUCUUGCUAAUGCCCGCUUUCUCGUCAAUAAGAUGGACGAGAUGAGACUCCUGACUAUGGAUCACCGCGGGGACAGUUGUGUCACGAUAAUAUCAGAAACAUGGCUACAUGAAAACAUCCCGUAUACAGCUGUGGAGCUAGCGGGUCGCGGUGUUUAUAGAUCAGACCGCACAAUACAGUCUGGUAAGACGAGAGGGGGAGGAGUAUGCGUGUUUAUAAAUAAAAACUGGUGUAAGGAUGUUAUUGUUAUGGAAAGGCAUUGUUGUGCAGACAUGGAAUUCCUGCUUUUAAAAUGCUGAUUUUUAAAUAUUUACCCCGGGAGUUCACUGUUGUGUUUGUGGCUGCUGUGUAUGUCCACCCACAGGCUAACGCUAAGUUAGCCAUGAAAAAACUGUACGAGGCUAUCAGUGCACAACAAAACAGGCUACCUGACAGUUUCUUCAUUGUGGCGGGAGACUUUAACCAUUCAAAUUUAAAGUCAGUCCUACCUAAGUUUCAUAAAAAUAUUAAGGUUGGAACGAGGAAGGGAAAAACACUGGAUCAGGUGUAUACAAAUAUAAAGGGGGCCUAUAGAGCACUGCCAGCCCCCCACCUCGGUCAAUCUGAUCAUCUGGCUUUUUUCCUGAGACCAACAUACAGACCUGUUGCUAUCAGAACUAAAUGCCAAAUCAAGACUGUGCAGAUCUGGACUGAGGAAGCAGAAUCUGCACUACAGGACUGUUUUGAAGAUACUAUGUGGGAGCUCUUUGAUCAUGCAGACAUUGAGCAAAACACCACCACAGUACUGUCAUACAUUAAGUUCUGUAUUGAAAAUACCAUCCAGACUAAACAUGUCAAACUGAUCCCUAACCAGAAGCCCUGGUUUAACAGAAAUGUAUGUACUCUUCUGAAAGCUAGGGAUGCUGCCUUGCGAUCUGGGGACCAGGAGGCCUACAGGAAAUCCAGAGUUGACCUCAGAAGAGGGAUCACUUCUGCAAAGAAAAAUUACAAGCUGCGCAUUGAACAGCAUUUUAAAGAAAAUAAUCAUCACAGUAUGUGGCAGGGAAUCAGGACAAUAACAAAUAAUACAGUGAACUAUGGUCCACUCUCUUCUGUUGACCCUUCUCUUCCAGACCAGCUGAAUCUCUUCUUCGACCGCUUUGAGGAUGGAGCCAGUGUAGGACAGACGAUUGUCAGUGCUCAUGAUGACGAGCAACCAAUCGUACUAGAUCAGCACCAGGUCAAGCAGGCCUUGCAGAACGUAAACAUCAGGAAAGCACCUGGACCAGAUGGGGUCCCAGGACGUAUAUUAAAGAGUGUCCAAACACAGAGAAGCUCCCGCUGAAGUGACUGAAAUUCUCAUGACGCUGGUAUACAGAUGGAGUUUAUUAAAGACGAGAGGGAAGACUUCAGGAUUGAAGAAACAUCCAGUCUGAAACAAGAAGUGACCGAGGAACAAUCAGAGAUGCUGUUUAUUAAAGAGGAGAGUGAAGACAUCUCAACUGAAGAAAUGUUCAGUAUGAAAGAUACUGAGCAACAAACAGACCUAAUACCAAUGAAAGAGAAAGAAGUAUUGAAUGGAACUGAAGAGAAAGAUGAAUAUGGGAAUCUUCAUGAUUUGACAACUAGAAGAGAAUCUUUUAGACAUUCACAGACUGAAAAGACUUCCACACCAAAAAAAGCUCAAAUUAAUUAUUUCACUUUCAAUCAAAAAGGAAAACUUAAAGUCCACACUGGAGAGAAUCCUUUCACCUGCCAACACUGUGGAAAAAGUUUUCCUCGUAAAUUAAGUCUUGACGUGCAUAUGAGAGUUCACACUGGAGAUAAGUUGUACACAUGCCAACAGUGUGGAAAAAGUUUCACUCAAAAAGGAAGUCUUAGCACGCACAUGAGAAUUCACGCUAAAGUGAAGCCUUACCCAUGCCCUGAGUGUGGAAAGAGUUUCCAUCAACAUGUUAACCUUAAAGCCCACAUGAGGAUUCACACUGGGGAGAGACCUUUUACCUGCCAACAGGGUGGACAAAGCUGCAAUCAUACAAUCAGCCUUAACAGACACAUGAGAAUUCACACCGGAGAGGAGACUUACACAUGCCAGCAGUGUGGUGAGAGCUUUGCUCAACAUUUAAACCUUGAAGCCCACAUGACAAUACACAAUACAGAGAGUCCCUUCACAUGCCAACAGUGUGGAAAAAGUUUCACUCAUAAAGGAAGCUUUAACAUCCACAUGAGAGUUCACACUGGGGAGAAGCCUUACACCUGCCUACAGUGUGGAAAGAGUUUCACUCAAAAAGGGAGCUUUAAUUGGCACAUGACUCUUCACUCUGGACAAAAGCCUUACACCUGCCCUGAGUGUGGAAAGAGUUUUGCUCAUCACGGAAACCUUAAUGUGCACAUGAGAAUUCACACUGGAGAGAAGCCUUACACAUGCCAACAGUGUGGAAAGAGUUUCACUCGUAAAGUCAAUCUUGACAUGCAUAUAAGAAUUCACACUAGAGAAAAGGCAUACACAUGCCAACAGUGUGGACAAAGUUUCCAUCAUAAAGUAAGCCUUAAAAAACAUGUGAGGAUUCACACUGAAGAGAGCCCUUACACAUGUCAGCAGUGUGGAGAGAGUUUUGCUCAGCGUGUAAACCUUAAGGUCCACAUGAGAGUCCACAUUGAAGAGAAGCCUUACACAUGCCUUCGUUGUGGUGAAAGUUUCGCUCAACUUGGAAACCUUAAAGUCCACAUGAGAGUCCACAAUGGAGAGAAUCCUUACACAUGCCAGCAGUGUGGUGAAACGUUUGCACAACAUGUACAUCUUAAAGCCCACAUGAAAAUACACAAUGGAGAGAGUCCCUUCACCUGCCUACAAUGUGGAAAAAAUUUCACUCAUAAAGGGAGCUUUAACGUCCACAUGAGAGUUCACACUGGGGAGAAGCCUUACACCUGCCAACAGUGUGGAAAGAGUUUCUCUCAAAAAGGAAGUCUUAACUGGCACAUGACUGUUCACGCUGGAGAAAAGCCUUACACUUGCCCUGAGUGUGGAAAGAGUUUUGCUCAUCAUAGAAAUCUUAACGUCCACAUGAUAAUUCACACUGGAGAGAGCCCUUUCACCUGCCAACAGUGUGGAAAAUGUUUCACUCGUAAGGAAUCUAUUGACAGGCACAUGAGAGUUCACACUGGAGAGAAGCCUUACACCUGCCAACAGUGUGGAAAGAGUUUUGCUCAAACUGGAAACCUUAAAGCUCACAUGAAAGUUCACACUGGACUUCCGGUAAUGCCAUGCCCGAGUCAGACGUUUAAGAACAUCGCUCAGCCCGAAUUUCUGUUUAAUCUGCCUGUUAAAAAGAAAAUUACUCCUUAAAGGGAUACUUCACCCAAAAAUGGAAAUUAUGUCAUUAAUAACUCACCCUCAUGUUGUUCCAAACCCGUGAGACCUCAGUUUAUCU